UGGUUGAGAAUGAGAGGCAAACCCGCAAUAGAAAAACCUGUUUGUUUGCUAUUUCAAAACAUGUUCACAUCAUCGGGCGUGUUUCUGAUUAACUUCAUCUAGCACUCCAAUUUUGUUCUUUUGGUAUUGCAAAUUCCUUGUAUGGGCAGUGUGGUUUAUCAUGCAGGGCUAGGGUUGUCAUCAUCCCAUUCACGACUGAGAUUACCCAGUUUUAGAAUUGCAAGUUUGAUUGAACCCAAUGUGUCAUCAAGAUGGCAAGUCUUGGAACAAGUUGACAAGGAGCUAAGAAAAGGGGAUGAAAGAGCUGCACUUGUACUUGUCAAGGAUUUGCAGGCCAGACCUGGGGGUCUGCGUUGUUUUGGUGCUGCAAGGCAGGUACCCCAGAGGCUCUACACCUUGGAUGAACUAAAACUGAAUGGAAUAGAAACUUCGUCUAUUCUAUCGCCGGAGGAUGCAACACUUGGCUCCAUAGAAAGAAACCUGCAGCUUGCAGGUGUUUUAGGAGGAAUUUCUGCAUGGAAUGUGUUCGGAUUUAGCACACAACAAAUCUUCUAUUUCUCCUUGGGAUUGUUGUUUCUAUGGACACUGGACUCGGUUUCUUUUAAUGGAGGAGUCAGCAACUUGGUUCUUGAUACAAUUGGUCACACCUUUAGCCAAAAGUACCACAAUAGGGUUAUUCAACAUGAAGCUGGCCAUUUCUUAAUUGCUUACUUGCUGGGAAUUCUUCCCAAGGGGUAUACGCUAUCAAGUCUGGAAGCUUUGAAGAAGGAAGGAUCACUCAAUGUUCAGGCAGGAACUGCGUUUGUGGAUCUUGAGUUUGUUGAAGAAGUUACUGCUGGAAAAGUAUCCUCCACGAUGCUGAACAGAUUCUCUUGUAUAGCACUAGCGGGCGUGGCAACUGAGUAUCUUCUAUAUGGAUACUCUGAGGGAGGCCUUUCUGAUAUCAAUAAGUUGGACAUGUUGCUCCAAAGCUUGGGUUUCACUCAGAAGAAGGCGGAUUCUCAGGUGAGGUGGGCUGUUCUCAAUACUAUUCUAAUAUUGCGUCGCCAUGAAGGAGCCCGAGCAAAGCUAGCAGAGGCCAUGUCUCAGGAAAAAUCUGUGGGUUUUUGCAUUGACAUUAUAGAGAAAGCCAUAGACGAAGCAGACCUAUAGUCUUCGACUUGGUUACACUGGUGCCUGAAGUUCAAUUUAUUAAAACCAUUAUUUUAUGGUUUUCUUAUUUUGAGGUUUAUGAUUACUAAUCUGAUGAUUGGUUCAACCACUACCAAUACCUUGUUUUUAUUUUCCUUUCGGGGAUUAAUAGUUUGAUUCUCAGUUGUUCAUAUAUGUGAAAUGUAUCCAGCCAGAUAAAAAUUGAAGCUAAACUGUAAUGAGAGGCAAAAGUCAACAUUCAAGCUUUCUUUAAAGUUCAAGACUGUUUAACUUCUAUGGAAAUGAAAUUAUUCCACUGUA